AUGAGCAUAACAAGUGCUCAAAUGCUAACUGGCAGUGUCGCAUUGCCAACUCUAAAUACAUGGUACCUGUGCUCUAAACAACCAACAGAUAAGAUUGCCUAUGUAGUCACAUACACAACUGUUGCUACAACCUCAACACCAGGCUUUGGUACAAUUGUCCAGCAUAUCAAGAUUAGUCCCAAUUUGACUGCAUCAACAGGUCUUCUCAGCGCUGUUCUGCAAGUGUCCGAGCUUUACAAGUAUAUGAGUGAUCAAUACAACGAAUUCUUACCUCCCUAUUCAUGCUGCUGCGACGUGCGUGUAAUCGACUGUGUUAUAGGCAGUAGUCUCCCUCCAUUACCCACGAAGGAUAUUUACUGUCUUACCGUAAGAAACCCUAAUGCCUUCACGUCCUAUGCCAACAUCGGGAUCUCAUUUGAUCAAGUUGUAUCUACCACAACACCGCCACCACCAUCUCCGACGCCGACAACAUCGAACAUAUCAUCAUCAAUAUCGACAACAUCUCCAUAUAUCCCUACAGUAACAGUCUCAAUUACGGCUGGAAGUAACAAGGAUUCUUCAAGAGGAUAUCUAUUUGUGUAA